UAUAUCCUUCCGCCACUUUUUGUGGCUUUUUUCAGACUGUUUAGGUCUAUCGGUCAGUGCUGAACCUCCGCGCGAACUGUGUAUAUCCUUCACGUAUAUCGCACUUAAAAUAACAAAAAAGCGAAGUUACCGGUUUGGUAUUUUUGUUGACAUCUACAACAUAUGGAUCGUCAGCGCUUUGGUUUUAAAACGGGCUAAACUGUCUCUGUUUAGGAGGAAAUAAAUCGGCAGAGCUAGCUGAAGUAGCAGACAGCGUCAGUGGAGGCUCGAAUAACCGGAGGAGUAGCAUUUACUCGUUGGAUGUCACUACGUUAGAUCCGCUGUCAGCUAACGCGUCAAAAAUAACAUAUUCCGCACUCGGUCGCGGUGUAAAACGGUUUUUUCAAACAAUCAGAAAGCUGUGCUCAAGCUGUCGUUUAUGGGAUCACCAUGUCCAUGAAGCCGCAGGCCGGUGGUAAUCGCAAACCCGGCGGAAGCACCAGCGGAGCCGCAGCGGCCUCCGGUACCGGGGGAGCAGGAGGAGGCGUCGGACGCCAGAACAUAGGAAGAGGACGCAACAAUGCCAAAGGACCCUCCAAUGCAGUGGCCUUCAGUGGAGUUUAUGCAAACAUGAGAAUGGUUCAUGUUUUGACCUCAGUUGUGGGAACCAAAUGUGAACUUAAGGUUAAAAAUGGACUGAUCUAUGAAGGAGUUUUUAAGACCUAUGGCCCAGAGUGUGACAUUGUCCUGGAUGCUGCACACAGGAAGAAUGUAGAACCCAGUGUGGGCCCUCGCCGUGAGGAUAUUGUGGAGAGCAUUAUCUUCAAGUCCUCAGAUGUAGUGGUAGUUCACUUCAAAGAUGUGGACCUCAACUUUGCCAAGAAAGACUCAUCAGAUGCAGAUAACUUCACAGACAGUGCUGUGAGUGCCCGUCUUAAUGGAGAGCACAAAGAGAAGGAUCUGGAACCCUGGGAUGGAGGGGAGCAGCACAUCUCAGGCAGCAUGGAGUCUCUUGACACUGAUCUGUCAAAUGGUUGGGAUCCUGAUGAGAUGUUUAAAUACAAUGAGGAGACAUAUGGUGUGAAGUCCACCUAUGACAGCAGCUUGUCCUCCUACACGGUUCCUUUGGAGCGAGACAACUCUGAGGAGUUCCUCAAGCGGGAGGCUCGCGCAUCACAGUUGGCAGAGGAGAUCGAAGCCAGUGCCACCUACAAGGCCCGCGUGGCCCUGGAGAAUGAUGACCGCUCUGAGGAAGAGAAAUACACUGCUGUGGCUCGUGGAGAGAGGGAGCUUCACAGCCUCAACAGGGAGAACAAAUACAUUCCCCCUAGUCAGAGGAACAGAGAAGCAGGGAUAUCAUGGGGAGCUGGUCGUCAAAACUCACCCAGACUGGUUCAGUGCAGCCCUGGGCCACCCACACCCAGAUCUGGACCUCAUGACUACAACACAAUGGAUCAGCGUGUGGUCAAUGGAGGUACACACCCUUGGGCCUCACGCUGCCCAUCUCCCUCCUCUCGCCCUCCAUCCCGUUACCAGUCAGGCCCCACCAACUCUCUCCCACCCCGGGCGGCCACGCCCACCCGGCCUCCUUCCAGACCCCCAUCCAGACCCUCUCGGCCCCUUUCUCACCCCUCUGCUCAUGGCUCUACAGGGCCCCUAUCCACCAUGCCCAAACGCCUGUCCUCAGAAGGUCCUCCAAGAAUGUCUCCCAAGUCACAGCGUACUCCUAGACCGCAUAGAGUGGCCUCUUGUCGGGGCGGAGGGCCUCCUCCACCCGAUUAUAUGUCCCAAGGUGCAUCGGUGGAGGUUUCUGCUCCCCCUCCAACUCGCAACAGCCCUUCUGGGGGAACCUGGUCAUCUGUUGUCAGCGGUGCACACAGACCUCGAUCACCUCGACAGCAUAGCAUUGGUGGAGGUGCUCCGAGCCCCUCCUGCUUGUCUUCCCCUCAGGCUGGUACAGUGCCAGUAGACUCUGCGACCGCUUCCACUACAGCAACAUCACCAACAGCAGCCAAUCCGGCCGCCAACCUGGAAACAUCUCCAAUAGAAGAGGCCAAAGAAUCAAGAGUACUAGAGACAAGACAGAAUUCCCCUAAUGCCAACAAGGAGAAUGUGAAACCUACUGAAGCUUCUGCAAGCAUCGCUCGAUCCAUCGGAAAGGGACCUCCCACCAUGGCUCCAGACCACAGGAAACAAAUAGAUAAUUUAAAGAAAUUCAGUGUAGAAUUUAGGUUGCAGUCUAGCUCAAAUCCAGAUUCAGUUUUUGAGCCCAUGGCAAACAAGACUCCACGGGACCUCAUAGAAAAGCCAAAGGAUCAAGCAUCUGAGAAGAGCACAGUAGAUUCGACAGGACCCAAAGUCCCCAUGGAGUCCGCCAUUAGUGAAGAUACCUCCACUGCUGUGAGCGUUGCCCCAACAGGAAGUAAAUCUGGUACCCCUUCGCUCUCUCCUUCCUCUGCUGUACCAGAACAGAAGCGAGGGCCUGAUGUGACGUCUCAGGGCGUUCAAACCUCCUCGCCUCUGGCCAAUGCUGCUGCAAAAGACAAGGAUGAGAAGGAGGAGAAGAAUGACCCUGUAGCAGAGAGUGUUAGAAAAUCUACUCUCAAUCCCAAUGCCAAGGAGUUCAACCCAAGGGUUUUUUGCUCCCCUCCUAAACCAUCAACAACCCCCACUCAAACCCGGCCCCAGGGUCAGCCCAGCCCUUCCAUAGUAGUACAGCAGCCCCCUACCGUCUAUGGCCAGACCAUGUUCCAGAUGUACCCUCUGACACCUGUCAGUCCUGGCGUUCAGAAAAGCAUUAUCUGGAAGCCUCCAGCCAUGUACCAUGUUCAGGUUCCUCAUAUGACCAUGAGCCAGACCAAGCCCUACAGACCAGGUAAAGUACCAAACAUGCCACAGCAAAGACCAGACCAGCAUCAUCCACCUGGCACAUCUACAAUGAUGCAUCCAGCUACAGCUGCUGGGCCACCCAUUGUGGCACCGAGCCCAGCCUACUCCACCCAAUACUUCACUUGUAGCCCCCAGCAGUUUGCUAGCCAACCUCUUGUACAACAGAUGACCCACUACCAGUCACAGGCCCAGCAUGUGUUCAGUCCAAUGAUUCAGGGCGGUGCGAGGAUGAUCACCCCUCCUGCCCAUGCUCAGCCCAGCCUGGUCUCUUCCUCCACCACUCAGUAUGGUGAGCAGAUGCAUACUAUGUAUGUGUCACAUGCCCCCAUUCCUCAGCAGUAUCCCCACCCAAGCUCCACCCUUCACCCUCAUUCGCAGCACCCUCAGCCCUCUGCCACCCCGACAGGCCAGCCGCAGCAGGGUACCCAGCAUGGAGGCAGCCACCCGGCCCCCAGCCCUGUUCAGCAUCCUCAGCACCAGGCAGCAGCUGCAGCUCAGGCCAUCCAUCUGGGCAACCCACAACAGCAACAGAUGUACUCAGCCUUGGCACCCACCCCGCCCUCCAUGACCCCCGGCCCCAACCCUCAGUCUCCUCAAGCCAACUUCCCCUCCGCUCAGCAGGCCGUCUACAUCCACCCCCAGCAGGUGCAGCAUGGGUAUAACCCUAAUCAUAUGGCUCACAUGCAGCAGGCCCACAUGCAGUCAGGGAUGGUGCCUCCACAUCAUGGCACUCCUUCUCACCCCCCCACUAUGAUGUUGAUGGCCACACAGGCUCCUGCUGGCCCCCAGUCUACGCUGACCCAGGGCACUCUCAACCCCAUCCCUGUGUCCUCAGCCACACACUACUCCUACACUCUCACCCCUGUACAUCAGUCAAGAGAUCCAAACGCUCGUUUCGAUCAUCGACCUCAAAUGUGGUUUAUCAUCUGAAACAUUGCAAGGUCACCAUCAGCAGCAGCUGUAGAGGAUGAAUUUCAGCGAACAGCAGUCUUUUUGAGUGGCUCCUGAUCUUUGCAGAGUCAUCUGGCCCCAUCCACCACUUUUAUUGGCCAACUAAACUUUACCUGUCUCUAAAACCCCCAAAUGGCCACGAGAACCUCAGUCAUGCUGCUCUUCUGCAACCCACCACCAGUGAUUUAAGAAAUGCAUACAGGCAAAGAUGUGGUGAACUCUGGCUUUUUUCUUUUUUCUUUUUUUUUUUUUUAAGAAAUACAAGUUUUAACAAGGAAUCAUUUUUUUGCAUAUUUCAGUGACACUAGAACUCUUGAAAUGGGUCCUAACAAUAACAAAAAUGCUCGGAUGAGUGAGAAAACUGUGCAUAAGUAACUGGAACAUUUUGUCUGCACCUUCUAAGUUAAAGAUAAUUCUUCCGUACAUUGACAGUAUUAACAUUACUGUUGAAUGCUGCUGCUAUAGCUGUGCUCAAGACCUUGGGGUAAAUCAACACCAACAAAAUGAAACGGUUCUAACCAAACUAAACACGAGAAACUUCCAUCAAUGAAGACGUUUGGCAGCAAAAAAAAAGCAGAUAAAUUAUUUAUUAAUUUAAUCUGAUGGAAAAACCCCAUUAGACUUGACCGUUAUAAAACUGUUAAGUUAAAACAACUUUUACUUUGUAGAUAAUAUAAAGGAAUUAAAAAAAAUUAAAAACAUUAAAAAAAGUUUUAAAAACUUUA